AUGGGCUGCUACCUCUCCAAAGAGACAGAGGAGACGCCGGCAGCGGUUGACCGACGCAGCCCUAACGGCGUCGUCGUCGCUCCUGCCGUGCGGAUUGUUGAGCCUCAGGAAUCAUCACCAUCACCAGAUAAUCAGUCGACCAGCAAUAAUAACGACAAUAACAACACCAACCCCACCAACAACGACGACGACACAGACACUCACAAAAACACCCCCACGGUGAAAUGCUACUUCUGCUACGACGAGAUUCCCGAGCCGCUGCAGGCCACCGUGAGCCGUCCAUGCAAGAACCACCGCAGCCCGACAUGCGACGCCUGCAUCCGCAAGAUGUUUCUAAACGCCUGCAAGGACGAGACCCAAAUGCCGCCGACCUGCUGCAGCCCCCUCCCAGCCAGCUACGGCCGUCGGGUUCUCUCGGUCGAUGAAAUGGCGCUCUUUCAGGAAAAAUUCGAGGAAUGGAGCACACACGAUCGGCUGUACUGCCCUGUACCAACAUGUUCAGCAUUUAUAUCCCCUCGCCUGUUUCCGAAGAAGAAGAGAGCGGCGAAAAGCCAGGCCACCGUGAAUCCAGCUGGUGUUCAGACGCCGCCGCCCACGCCUCCAGAUGAGGAGGCUUCGACUACGGUGUCGUGUCCAAAGUGCUCGGUUCGCGUUUGUAUAUCGUGUAAACAACUGUCUCAUCCGGGGGACCCGUGUCCUGAGGUCUCGGAUAUCCCGCCAGAACUGGAAGCUCUCUUGAAGGCCUGGGGGAUCAAGAGAUGUCCCAGAUGCCAUGCAGCAGUACGCCGUCUAUACGGAUGCAAACACAUACGAUGCCGUUGCGGUGCGCAGUGGUGUUGGUGGUGCACAGGGCCGAUUCGGGAUUGCCAACAACAAGGAUGCUCUGAGGAAAUGGAAGGCGAGGAAAUGGAAGAUGACAUGAACGCUGUGGCAGACGAGUAUUUCGAAGGAACAAACAAUAAUCAGCAGGAAGAAGACAGGCCAGAAGAAACAGAACGGCUGGUCAAUCUAGACGCAGGAACCCACUGGGACACGGACUUGGAUUUGGGAGGAGAGCCGGACGCUGAAGAAAUCCAUCCUUUUACUUGCGAUCACACCUGGGAGGAGUCCUAUUCAACACUGAAAGGCGGUGCUGGUCAGGGAGACUAUCAGGAUGAGUGUGCACGUUGCUGGCGACCCCUGAUUCCGCGUCCAGAGGGGUAUUUUUACAUCGGCCUUCAAGAGUUUUUGGACACUGGGACAAUAAAAGAGAUCCCUGUGGAGGAUUUUCCUCGUACUGAAAACUUUGCUAAUUUCUGUGGUCGCUGUGGCAUUUUACUGUGUCAGGAGUGUCGGGAGCUGGGUCAGGCUCAACAAUAG